UACAAGAAAAAAGCUGAGAAUCCCGAAUCAAUUCCAAAGAGUCGAUUCCUCGAUUCCAACGUUGGGAAUCAAUGAUCAAACCCAAAUCUUUCAUCCGGCUCAAAUUCUCGCAAAGUAUAAGAUUUGAUUAUCAUCUACACCGUAAAACAGCAGUGUUUUGUCGUCUUAAACAUUGCCGAAUGAAGAAUUUCCUAUAAAACCCUGGCUUUUAGUUGAACAUCACUUGAAAGCGACUCGCAUCCCAAAUCGAAAUCAAAAUGUGACUCGGCCACAGAUUUAACUCCAGUUUAAUUGCAGCAUUUCAUCUGGCGAUAAGUUUAAAAUAGAUCGGUUUAAUAUCACUAAACCUUGACUUGCUCGCCAAGGACACGCGUCUUGUGUACCCGGAAUCGACUCACUGAACCGAUUCAGGUGCCAGGAAUCGAAUCCCAUUCCCCUACACUUGGGAUCCGAGCAGCUGAGCACAAGCGCGAGCCUUACGCCUAACGGGAUCGCGCGCUCACAUUUAAAGGAGAAGACGUGGGCUGGUCCAUGUUUUUUUUUUUUUCACCCCCACGCUUAGGUUUAACCCUGUUUACAGCCAGCGCUUAUUGCAUUUGUCACAAAGAACCGGAACACAGUAUUAGUACAAAUCCUUCUUUGAUCAUAUGCAUAAAUAUUUUAUUUCAUAGUGCAUUUCCGUUCGGACCUAGCGGUAGGGAACCGUGUCAGUGUGGAUUCUCAUCGAGCUCCACGGAAAGGGAUUCCUCCGUUAGAAUAGAUGGAGAUCGUUUUUCCCACCACGAGGCGGUAAUAGAGAAGUUGGAGUGCCCCAGGGGUUGGUGUUGGAGCGCUACUGUGUUACCGGUGGGGCAAAGCGGAAACGCUCGAGCGCUUUCCAUGAGGAACAGAAGAGCAGCUUUAUUCCAGCAGACCUCUCCGUGACUGUCCCGCUCCGUGUUCCUCUCUACCACCUCUCUCGUCCAGCCCAGCCGACCAAAUCCCACGGAUUUCUUCUUAUAUUCUCGCCUUCUCUUUUUUCAGUAUUUUUUUUUUAAUCCAUUUUCAGUAUACCGAAAUGCAGCUCCGGACCGUUCUGGAUGUGAAAGUGGUGGACGUGGAGAAAAGGCGGCAUCCGUCCAAACACUACGUGUAUCUCAUCAAUGUCACUUACUCUGAUUCCACGUCCCACGUUAUCUACCGGAGAUACAGCAAAUUCUUCGACCUUCAGAUGCAGCUUCUUGACAAGUUCCCAAUCGAGGGAGGGCAGAAGGACCCCAAAAAGCGCAUCAUCCCUUUUCUUCCGGGUAAAAUCCUGUUCCGGCGAAGUCAUGUACGAGACGUGGCAAUGAAAAGACUGCGCUUUAUAGAUGACUAUUGCAGGGCGCUGGUGCGACUUCCUCCCCAGAUCUCCCAGAGUGAGGAGGUGCUGCGUUUCUUCGAGACUAAACCAGAUGACAUGAACCCUCCGGUAGAGGACUAUGGCACCAAGCGCAAAUCAGUUUGGAUGUAUGGCCUACAGGACAGUCCUACCAAGUCUGAGGCCACAGGCCUGGACAGCAGUGAACCCAUGGUGCUGGAGCAGUACGUGGCUGUCGCCAACUACGAGCGGCAGGAGAACUCUGAGAUCAGCCUGCGUGCCGGCGAGACGGUGGACGUAAUCGAGAAGAGCGAGAGCGGCUGGUGGUUUGUCAGUACUGUAGAAGAACAAGGCUGGGUUCCUGCUACGUAUUUAGAUGCUCAGACUGGCACCAGAGAUGACCUGGACCUUGGCACAUCAAGAUCAGGAGAGGUUACUAAGCGGCGCAAGGCCCAUCUGAAGCGACUGGACCGGAGGUGGACACUAGGGGGCAUAGUCAACCGGCAACAGAGUCGAGAGGAGAAGUACAUAACUGUGCAGCCCUACACCAGUCAGGGUAAGGAUGAGAUCGGGUUUGAAAAAGGAGUAACCGUGGAGGUCAUUCAGAAGAACCUGGAAGGAUGGUGGUAUAUCAGGUACUUGGGCAAGGAGGGCUGGGCCCCGGCCUCAUACCUGAAGAAACUGAAGGACGAUCUUUCACCAAGAAAGAAGACCCUGACUGGUCCUGUGGAGAUCAUUGGUAACAUCAUGGAGAUCAGCAACCUGCUUAACAAGAGAGCUGUCAGUGAGAAGGACGUGCAGACGGAUGGAGAGGCUACCACACCGGACCGUCACAUCUCCAAGAGCGAGAUCAGUCUUCCCAUGCCAUGUGCCCCUGAAGUAGAGCAAGCUUCAAUGAUAGCCAGCACUGCCCCAAAGGCAGCCUUGCAGUCUGUAUGUAGUGCCACCCAACAAGACACUAAACCAAAGGCUGAGCCGGGCUCGCCUGCUAUAGCAAGAGUGGCACCACACCGAGUGGAGAUUGGCUUUGAAGCUAUAGGAUCCCCAAACCUCAGACAGAAACCUCCCCCUCGAAGAGAUACAAAUCUGGGAUUCCAGCUGCCAAAGCCUCCAGAGCCACCUACUGUGGAAACAGAGUACUACACCAUUGCAGAGUUUCAGUCGUGCAUCUCAGAUGGCAUCAGCUUCCGUGGAGGACAAAAGGCUGAUGUAAUAGAGAAGAACUCUGGUGGCUGGUGGUAUGUCCAGAUUGGGGAUAUGGAGGGAUGGGCACCUUGUUCCUACAUUGACAAGCGAAAAAAGCCUAAUCUAAGCAGGAGAUCUAGCACACUCACAAGGCCCAAAGUGCCACCCCCUGCCCCACCUGUCAAAAAACAGGACUCGGAGGAUAACUCUUGCCCGAGUGCUUCUGCCUCCAAAGCGCCAGAAUCCCCCAGUAGGCCUGUAUACGAGGAGCCAGAGUAUGACAUUCCUGCUAUUGGAUGUGAUCUAGAUGUGGACACAAGCAUUAUAAAAAAGGAACCUCGUCCUGUGCUUAUAAAAAGCAGUAAAGCUGCUGCUGAAAGAAUCGCUCAGGCUACAGGUAAAGCCUCACCACUUUUUACUGUGAAGACUUCACCCUUAAGGAAUGAGCACUCAGUGGAGGAAGUCACCAGGGAGGAGGCAAUUUAUGAGAAUGAUGGUUUUAGAUAUUCCUCCGAUGACUUCGUUACUGGCAGAGAAUCUAUUGUUGUGGGUUCAGAAUCCCCAAGAAGUCGUACUUUGGGACGCAAACCCCUGGGGUCCUCAUUGGGAGGAGGUAAACCUUUCAGGGAACCUCCAGAUUUGCGCACUCAGUCACUAACACGUGGUGAGAAGACCAGCUCUAGAUUGUCUUCAGAUGAAUCUGCCCGAAAUCCUAAAAGGGAGCCGGUUUUGCGAAAGGAUGUGGAACUCCGAAUUGGUCAGAGCCCCUCAACCCGUCCCAAGCCAGUGGUCCGACCGAAGCCCCUUCUAAACAAGUCUGAAACACAGAGCCCAGAGAGGAUGGAUAUCAGUAGCUUGCGGCGACAGUUGCGUCCUGCAGGAAUUCGACACGGGAUAAUCCGUGCACGAGGUGGAGAAGACUCUGAAACAGCAUCAGUGGUGUCAUCAGAGGAUUCAGUUACCUCCCGCAGCACUUCAGACCUCUCCAGCACCUAUUCGAAGGGCAGCAGAGGGGACUCUGAUUUUGAGGGUGUGCUGUACCGUACUACAGAUGCGUAUGAGCGAGCACAAGAAUCUGAGCUCAGCUUUCCUGCUGGUGUGGAAGUGGAGGUACUGGAAAAGCAGGAGAGUGGCUGGUGGUAUGUCCGGUGGGGUGUAGAUGAGGGAUGGGUGCCAACAUUCUACCUGGAACCUAGUAGGCAAUCUUUAGAUGCAGGUGUCUCAGAAUCUCAUGAUGGAUCCCUGACAGAGCUUAGCAACACCAGCAAGUCAAAUAGCUUAGAAAAGAAUGAGCAACGUGUCCAGGCUCUCAAUAACCUAAAUCAGCAGAAUCUUCGCCGGCCAACAAAUCCAAGUCCCCCUAUUCCCAAUAAGCCACCUGGUGGCUUCAGUAAGCCAUCCCCCCAGCUUAACGGUUCAGGUGUACGAAUGAGGAACGGUGUUCGUCAGGCAGCUGUACGACCACAGUCAGUUUUUGUGUCCCCACCACAGCCUGUGAAGGACACCAAUUUAUACACAGGGUCCUUAAGGCGCAAUGAAUCACUAGGUGCCAGUGAUCACAUGAGGCCUAGUGGUGGUGUUCGCCGAAACUCCUCUUUCACUGCUGUGCGGCCACAACCUGUUACCGAUGUAAGGAUGAGGUCAGGAACCACCGCAGUUGCACCAGCAGGAAGCUGUAGCCCAUUAAUUACCCAGAGGAAUGGAAUUCCAGUCUCUACAGUGAAGCCCAAACCCAUUGAGAAGACGCAUCUCAUUCAUAACAACCUACGGGAAGUCUAUGUCUCUAUUGCAGAUUAUCGUGGAGACGAGGAGACUAUGGGCUUCCCUGAAGGCACCAAUCUGGAGGUUCUAGAAAAGAACCCUAAUGGAUGGUGGUACUGCCAGGUUCUAGAUAGCGUACAAGGAAGGAAAGGAUGGGUGCCAUCCAAUUACCUUGAAAGAAAGAAAUAACACCAACUCACCUCCCCAAAGAAUGUUACUUAAAUUUCAAUGUACAUUUGCUAUCAAACUCUAUGAGGAGGACUUAUUUUGUAUCAAUAUGAGACACUUUAGUGCUGGUUUACUUAAAAGUACAUAAGACUCUAAAGAUGAUCAGUUAUGUGUAGGUGGAGUAUGCAAACAUGAAAAUGCCAUAGAGCAAAACUGGGCUAUCCCAGUGUCUUAAGCCUCUUUGGGGGAUAAUAUCUCCAGUUUAAAAGAAGAACAGAAAUGAUUUUGAUAGAAUGGUAGAUCCAGGCAAAUGUUGAGAGAAAUUUUAUGCCAAAUGGGUGCCUUUGUCCAUCAUUGACUGAAUGUUAAACGGAAUAAUAUAAACACCAGUAAAUCAGUAUAAGUACCAAACUUCAACUUGGUGCCAUAGGCCUAUGAGCGCAGGAAUCAACCAAAACUAUUUUUGCUACAGAGUUACAGAAAAAAGAGAAGUGGAGAGAUUUCAGUAUGGAGGUAGCACACAAAACGAGUGAGCACUCAGACUCAAACAAGAAUGUAAGACAUCGGAUACGCAAAUAAGAAAUGGUCUUUACCGUUGAGUGCAUUUAAGAUUAAAUUUGAUUUUCAUGUUUUUAAAACUUUUGUUAAUUUUUUUUUUCUUUUAAUUGCAUUAUCGUAUCUUGUGCAUUUUCAUGUCUUCCUUAGAGAUGUAUUUCUGCUUUCUUGUGACAUCCCUGCAACUCUAUCGGCCUGAAAAAAGAAGUCCCUCAGCAAGAUACGUGUUCAUGUGAUCUUUCAUUUGUCCUGCUGUGUCUCUGAUGAGGGUUUCCUAAUUGGCUCUGUUUUUUUUUUUUUUUUGUCUCUCCAUUUUCCUUUACCAUUUUCCUCACCUACAGUACAGUAUAAAGCCCAGCCAUUAUGAAUAAAGGUCAAUGAUUCAUUAAAGAAUAAGAUGUGGUGCAAUUAUGUGUAUUUCAGUUCGGCAGGAAAUUAGAUACUCUACGAUAAGUGGGAUUUUAAUACUUUUUAUCCUUCUCGUGUCUGGGUAUCAAGCCCAGAGUUUAGUUUACAAAAUUGCACAAAACAGGUUAUAUUGCUGCUCUAGGUCUACUAUAUUUACUGUUUUAAAAUUUUGUACUGGAGUAUAUGGCAUCAUUUUUGCCAGUCUAUCCCAGGGAAUUAGUUACAUAGAAAUGAGCCCAAAAUGUGAUCAAACGAAAUCAAAAUGCCAGCACGUUUGCUAGUAUUUCUUUUUAGGUUACAAAGAACUUCGAUGCAGUCGGUCAACCCAAACGAGGUUUUAGAACUGAGAAAAAAAAUAAAUAUUUAAUUACUUUAUCUGGAAGCACUUGAUUUUUUUUUCUUUACCCACAAAAAGCACAUUGAUAUGAAAGGAUAAUUUCAAUGUAUAACAAUAUUGCUGGGCAGUAUUGGAUUCAAAGGUGAAGUUACACAGCAAGCAGUUCAGCUUAAUUUAAUGGACAUACAAUAAACAUUUCAUCCAUAUUUCAACUUAGCUUGAAAAUUCACUCUUUUCCAAAUUAGUAGUGCUUUUGUUUAGUCAUAGAAAAAAGUCCCCUCACUUAAAUAUAUGGUUGUGAUCCAUGUCAAAAGGCUGAUGUUCAAGACUGCUGAAAUAUUUUUCUAACGAACAGUGCCGUGUGAACUCUUAGUCAGGUCAAGCACUAAUUUUUUUGUGUAGUUUUUUUUUCUUCUGCUGGACAGUAUUAUAGUAUUAAACAAAGUUAAGUACCUGCUAGAUUGCAGUUAUAUUCUAUUAAGCAGUAGUUAGGUUUUUUUUUUGUUUGUUUGUUUGUUUUCCUUUCUUUUGGUUCUUGUUGUGUGAUCACACUGGGACAAUAAUGGUGAAUGGAGUGGUUCAUUUGUUGUGAGAUGGUGCAUUCUUUUGGGAAAUAAAAAAUUGCAUCUAUUUAAAGAUGCAGUAUACUUCAUCAGCACAUUAUUUAUUGAACAAAAAUGUUCUUUUUUUAUUUAUGAUUAUUUAAAAUAUUUUCAAAGGAAAAUAUUCACUACCGCUUCUAAUUUCUUUUUUGCUCAGUGCUUUUGCCACUGCAUUAAGAAUCCUCAGUUUCGCCCUCUAGUGAAAACAAUUGGCUAAUGCUAUUUUUUAAAUUAUUUUUAUUAUAAUUUUUUUUUAAACUGCCAUAGAAUUGAGGCCAUCCAACAUGUUUUCCCCAAUAAUAAUAAAAUAAACCGACUACACAUUUAUUCAUAUAAAUGUUUUAUUUUUUUUUUUUUAUCACAUCAUUUUUUCCCCUAAAUCUUUCCUAUUUUUUUGCCAAAGCUGAUUCCUGCACCUUUAGCAACUGUGGACACUUCCUCUCUCAUUAUUGGACUUUCUAUAAUGCCAGAUACUGUAUCUAAUUCAUUCCUUCGAGACUUUUUUUUCAUAUAAAAGUUACAAUUCAAAAUAAAUCUAAAUGUCUUACAUCAAUUUCAAGAAACUGGAUCAAAUAUGAAGUAGUUAAAAAAAUAGCUUCAGUCAUUCAUAUUCAGAUAAUUUAUUUUGGUCAUUACAUUGAUAUUACAUAUAUUUAUAUAUUACACACACACACAUACACAUGUGUAUUAAAAAUGUGUGCAAUUGGAAAGUAAAGAGCAUUUUAAUUUAAUUUCAUUUCCCCUCUCCCACUCUGACGAUGGCAUUAUAGAAAUGUGACUCACUCCAACAUUCUCAAUAGAUGUUGCUUCUGUAAAUUUAUUUUACAUUUUGUGCUUCGUUUUGUUUUCAUCAACAAUUUACAAGGGAAAUAUUACUUCACGCUAGGCCUUUUUUUUGUAUUAUGUAAUUGUGUAUCAUUUAUACUUUUUCUGUCUUCCUUUUUUUAAUACAUUUUUAAUUUGCGAUUUAUUAUUUCCUUUAUUCUCUCCCGUGUAUUGUUUUGUGACACAAAUGUAAUGAGGAAAUGUGCAAUAGAAUAAUCGGCAUCUCACCAAAAACAAGGAACUGCCAGUGGAUUUUUGAUACUGGAUCAAGACCCUUACUUUUUAACGUCAGCUUUUCACAUCAGAGUCAAACCAACAUUGACUGUCAUCUUUGUUCCACAUUUUCUGAAUUGGAUAUUCUGAAUGUCCCAAUACACAGGACAGAUGGACAUUGGUGCCUGUAUUUAUAGCAGGACCUUUUGACCCAAACCUUUGUGUUGCUGCCAUUUGUGUUGUUGUAUUGCCCCAUCUAAUAAUAAUAAUAUUUUCCUGCCAGUGGGAUAAAAUCUGAAGUAGGGGACUUUAGAUUCUUCCUCCUUCACACUGCCAGUGUUUUUGUGUUUCCGUCCAUCCCACUGGCUUGUACCCUUAUCUUGAAUUCUUAAAAGCAGGACCUUGUGACCAUCUGAUGUUUCUCUCUGUACCUCUACAGCCAAUCAGAACAGGGAUUCUCCUAACCAACACAUCAACAAGCAUUGCAUUAUUAAUGUUUUUUACUUACAGUUUAAAGUCCCUGUGCAACAUGUAACAUGGCCAUUUUAAUACAAGAGAAUGCAUAUAUUUUAUACCUUUAGCUUGCAUCUUUCACCUUGGAGACACUGCAUUUAGUGUACCAUUGACUGUCAUAAUUAAAGCUGGCCAUUAAGAUCCAAGUACCUUACAUUUUUUUCCAUAGUAAACUAUGUUCACAUUUUCCAAUGAAAAGAUGCAUACUGAAGGUAAAAAAAAAAAUGCUCCUCUGAUGGUACCAACACAUUGCUGAGCAAAAGUAUGAUGUAUUCUGUAUUUUCUGAGAAUAUUUUUAUCAAAUAAUUGGAUCAAAGAUACAAAAAAUCCAACAGCUUUUUUUUUUCAAAUUGGAUUGAUGUGAGGGAUUUCAGAAGCCUUUUUGAUCUAUCGGAUGUUCUCACUCUCACAAGGGAAGUUACUCAUGCCCAAGCCUGUGCUGUUUCAAAAGUCAGCUGAGUGAAACAGACCUGAUGCACCACUGCAAUUUGCGUCACUCGUUCUGCUGGUUACUUUUUUGAUGUCGUUUACAUCACUCUUAGAAAUAACGUUGCAUCCUAAAAGGUUCUAUGCAUUAGUCAAGAAUAAAUGAUAGCAUUUCUUUAUAAAACCGUAUCCAUCCAAAGAACUGCAGAGGAACCUUUUUUCCUCAGCAGUGUGUACAUAUCAUUACUUUUUACAAUGUUCCUACAGUGCUAUGGGACCGAAUCCUAAAAUCAGUGUUUGAAAGCCCAUUUUCAGCCUAUCUUUCAAGCAUGGGGUAAAUCCUAAAUGGCUGGGUUUGUGAGAGUGUGUGCAUAAGCGUGUGGAGUUGGUUUGCAUGUUGGUAAGAUUUAUGAAAAGGUGGAAAAAGAAAGUUGACCGAUGAAUGGUGUUAGUUAGUUUCAGAGGCGGUUUGGUCUCGGUCAGGUGAUAUGAGAUCAGACAGAUGUGAUGUACCUGCAUUCACUUGAGUUAUAGCCCUGAAGACAUGAAAUCUGACAGGUGUCUGGGAAAAUUAUGCCAGGAAACAGAUGACCAGGUCUCUGAGAUAAUUAAUGGUCAGCCUGUGGAGCUAUGUGAAUCAUUUAUAUCUGAGUCAGGAAGCGCUGACAGCUCAUCCGAUGUUUUAGGAAAAGCUGUAGCCGGUGAAGCUUUGCCUCGGGCCUGCUAUGCUAAAAACACCCAGCUUAUUGCUAGUGCUCUUGUAGAUGAUUGCGUUUGGCGGCAGGGCCUGUUGGUAUUCCACACGGAUCGACUGUAGGCGGCCUUCAUUACAAUGCAGACGUUUGGAGCACUGCGGGCACUGAGAGCUGCUGUGAAAUCACAUUAUCCAAGCAGCUAGUUAAUUACAGCUCUUUCGGGGGUCGCAUCUUAAAUCCCAGUGACAGCUAACUGAGGAAAACGAGAAGUGCGUAUGGAUUAAUGACUUGUCAAAGAAGGGAAACGUUUUUCCAUCAAACGUAACUUAUUCUGUGCAUCUAUAACAUGUUUACUGGCUUGACCUGACUCGGAAGGUCUUUUGACAAGGAGCUGAAAGAGAAAGCUUGCUGUAUGUGUGGUCUGGUGAGACAUAUAAAGUGUUUUUGAGGAAUUUUCUGUAGGUGUUCGUUUCAUGUUUGGGGUUUAUCCGGUGAUGUUGAUGUGAUAGUGCUGGAUCCAGAGUGGUAGGGUGCUGUGUUUUAGAUAGAGUUUUUUUUUAUCAGAAGCAGCGAGGAACGACAAACAUGCUGGGUCUCUCUAAUGUGUCACCGCUUGCCAUCUCUGUCGCUGUUUGAGUCCUCGCUUUAAUUAUCAUUUCUCUUGUAUUAAUUAACAGUCAAGGAAAUUAUGGCAUGCUGGGGCAGAUGACGACGCGCUCUAAAGCCAUCAACUGCUGUGUGCUGCAUCGAGUCUCACUUUGCCGACAGUAAACAUGCCAUCCGGUGCUGGGUUUAUUAGCAGGGGGGAUUUUAAUAACCUGCCCUUAGGAUUGAAUCUCUGAUAGAUAAAAAAACUUCUUCUCCUACAAUAAUUAGAUUAGAUGUUCAGGACAUUUUUGAAUGCAGGUGGUCCACAGCUUUAUUGUUUGUUUUCAGCAAUGUUUCAUUGUUUUACCUAUUUUGUAUUUUUGUUCAUAGUAACAUUGUAUCCUGCGUUGCCCUAAAAGAAAAAAAAAAACAAUAAAAUAUAUCAUUCUUCUUUCAUCU